UUGCAAAUCACAAAUGAGAACAAAAAAGCAAAAACUGCGAAUGAAAAGUGGUUUCGGUGAAAAAUUUUAGCCUGUUCAUGUGAUUUUGUGAUUUGUGUUUGUGCUAAAUUUAUUGUAGACUGAGUUUUUAUAAUAUUUUUGGAGCAACGUUCCGAAAAACACGUACUGCUUGGUAGUAAUAUGAGUAAUGUUACCAACCAAAAUGGAACAGGUCUAGAGCAGCAGCUUGCUGGUCUGGACUUGCAGCCUCAGGCUCCAAAGAGUGCUGGCCGCUAUAUCCCUCCGCAUCUGCGUAGGCAAUUGGAGGCCAAAGGUGAGGAACCUAAGCGCCCAAGCUUAGAGUCUCGUCCCAGCGACGCGAAGGACAACCGUUCACCAUUAGGAGGCAACGCUAGGACGUACGACCGUGGUGGGCGGCGCGACGACCGCGACCGUGACCGCGACUUCGAUCGCGGCUACGACUCGCGAUUCCCGCGCAGAAACCGCGGUCGUGAUGGUGGCUAUCAGAAUGGCGAGUCGGAGCGGUGGGCGGAGCCGGAUCGCGGCGGCGACCGCGGUGGCGACCGCGGCGGCGACCGCGGGGGCGACCGCGGUGGCGAUCGCGGCAGCUGGGCCAGCGGCGGCGGCGGAGGCGGCGGCGGUCGCGGUGGCGGCGGUGGCGGGCAGUUCGGUGCGUCGCGCGACAUCCGGCGCGACGAGGACUUCAACAGCGAACCGCCUCGCAACGACCGGUGGAAGGAGCCGGAGCCGCGCUCCGACGACACUCGCUCACACUCGCGCUGGCCUUCCGACGACGUGCGCCGCACAUCGUCUCGCCGGGACGAACAGAACGACUGGACUAUUCCGCUGCCGCGCGACGAGCGACAGGAGUUGGAUCUAUUCGGGACGGGCAACACGGGCAUCAACUUCUCCAAAUACGAGGAUAUUCCUGUCGAGGCCAGCGGAGACAACGUGCCGGACUGCAUUACAAGCUUUGAGGAUGUUAACCUGACGGAAAUAAUGCGCUCGAACAUAGCCCUCGCCCGCUACGAUAAGCCGACGCCGGUGCAGAAGUACGCGAUCCCGAUAGUGUUGGCGCGGCGCGACGUGAUGGCGUGCGCGCAGACCGGCUCCGGCAAGACCGCCGCCUUCCUCGUGCCCAUACUCAACCAGAUGUACGAGGCCGGCCCGGUCAAGAACGCGGGACCCUAUGUUCGGCGCAAGCAGUAUCCGCUUGGGCUCGUGCUGGCGCCGACUCGCGAGCUCGCCACGCAGAUCUACGAUGAAGCCAGAAAGUUUGCUUACCGCUCCAAAGUGCGCCCCUGUGUCGUUUACGGCGGCUCGCCGAUCCCAGACCAGCUGUACGAGUUGGAGCGCGGCUGCCACCUGCUCGUCGCGACGCCCGGCCGCCUCGUCGACAUGCUCGUGCGCGGCCGCGUCGCCCUCGACCACUGCCGCCAUCUCGUGCUAGACGAGGCCGACAGGAUGUUGGACAUGGGCUUCGAGCCGCAGAUCCGCAAGAUCGUCGAGUGCCACACCAUGCCGAAGACCGGCGAGCGGCAGACGCUCAUGUUCUCCGCUACGUUCCCCAAACAGAUCCAAGUCCUGGCGCAGGACUUUCUGCAUAAUUACGUGUUCCUCGCGGUCGGCCGUGUCGGUUCCACUUCGGAGAAUAUUACGCAGAAGGUCGUAUGGGUGGAGGAGCAAGACAAGAGAUCGUUCCUGCUGGAUCUCCUGAACGCGUCCAACCUGCUCCAGCGUCAGCGCCCCGAAGAAGAUCAAUUGACGCUCGUUUUCGUCGAAACGAAAAAAGGUGCCGACCAGCUAGAAGAGUUCUUGGACGUGGAUGGUUACCCGGUGACGUCGAUCCACGGCGACCGCACGCAGCGCGAGCGCGAGGAGGCGCUGCGCCGCUUCCGCACCGGACAGACGCCAAUACUCGUCGCCACCGCCGUCGCCGCUAGAGGCUUGGACAUCCCGCACGUGCGCCACGUGAUCAACUUCGACCUGCCGUCGGACGUGGAGGAGUACGUGCACCGCAUCGGGCGUACCGGCCGCAUGGGCAACCUCGGCGUGGCCACCUCCUUCUUCAACGACUCCAACCGCGGCCUCGCCCGGGACCUCGUGGAGCUGCUCAUUGAGGCUAAGCAGGAUGUGCCCAACUGGCUGACGAACACGGCAGCGGAGGGCCGUUCAGGCGGCGGCGGGCGUCGUGCCGGCAACCGCUCCGGCGGCGGCGGACGGUUCGGCGGCAGCGGCUUCGGCGCGCGCGAUUUCCGUACCCAGCCGCGACAGUCCGGAGGGCGAGGACCGGGAGGAUCUAUGGGCUCCGGUUUUGCGUACGGCGGCGGCUCUUACGGCGGCAACUACGGCGGGUCGUACGGCGGCGGCGGCGGCGGGGGCGGCGGCAACGGCGGCCCCGACUGGUGGGGCGGAGAGAACUAAGCCCCGCCCCCACCCCCUAGCGCCCAACAGUAUCCCAGUUCCAUUACACCAAUGAGCCCUAAUCCUGUUUACCUAGUGUCAAAUUAAAAAGUAGUGUUUUGUCAAGGGGUUCACCAAAUCCUAACUACAAAGCUAUAAGAAUUAAAAUUCCAUCAUUGUUUGGUAAAUACGUCAUUUGUAAAUGUAUCCUUUCACACGAUUUGAUUCCUAGACCUCUGUUAUACAGCUAUAGUAGGUUAUAAUUGUCAGUUUCGAAUACAAACUCCUUUUACCGUGUACAUAAUUUUUGUUGUUGCCAACGUUUUACGUAUUUAUUUAUUUCUAUAUUAAUUAUAAUUUCACGAAAGCUUGUUUUCGUAUUGGAACUGGGCCUUCAUCUUAGACGAAGCGCCAUAAUAUACCGGAUUUGUAAUGAAGUUGCAUGCGAAUGCCGCAAUAGCGAGCGUCUUGCUGCAACUUCAAGUUGUUGGACAGUAACAUCGUCACAAAGCUCUCAUGCAGUUCCCAGUAGUACUGUUGGCCGUAUCCUAAUAAACCUCUCGUGCAACGUUCGAUUAAUGUAUUAUUUUUAAUGUUAAUCUGAGAGUUGGACUGAAGCCCGCUAUGUAUAGUGUUGGUGCGGUGGCGUGCGAGCGCUGAAUCUCACGCGCGCGUUCGCGGUCGGAUCGCACGCUGCGCCGCAUAUCGCUGCGACAAAUCUUUAAUCUUUGUUGAGAUAUACUCGAUGAUAAGGGAUAUAGUAGUUAAUACGCGUUUAAAAUGUCUCUAAAAUCCUAGGAUUUUUGCGGUGUUACAUUUUACAAGCUAAACUGGGAUACCCCUAAGUAAAUGAAUUAUAUGAAUUAUGUUAUAUUAGUAUUAAAUAUUUAUUACGUUUGUCAUUUUGUCACAAUCGAAACUUAAAUCAUAUUAUUCGCAGCGUCACGCGGCGUAGUCUGUGAUCCGAUUUAGGCUGAUGUUAACCGGCACUUAAUCAGAGUUAAACUAAUCGAGGUUAAGUUUUCGACAAAUGGCGCUUUACAUAAGCCUCUUAACCGUCAUAGAUUAAGCCCGAGGAACCUACGCGGGUGCUAUUCUAACCAAUCGCUCCUGCGGCCUACGGGCGUUUUAUUAUUUCUCGAUGAUGUGAAGUAGUCUAUUAAUGAUAGAAAUAUUUUUGAUGUCUGAUCUGUAUCGUGAAGUCGUUCGAAUAAUGUUUUUUCGAUUCUAAUUUAUCUUCGCUGACUCACCACUUCCGAAACGGAGUUUUUGAAGCAUUUAAAGCACCCUAUCGUCUCAAUGUAGCUAUUCGACGCCGUAGCAAAUAGUCGGGAUACAGACGGUAUCAUAGUGAAUAUUUACGAGAAUUUUGUCUGUAGAGAUCCUAUAAAUGUAACAUCUGUCACCGUUUCCAUUUAUAAUUUCAAUGUGAUUUUACCAAUAAAAUUAAGAAACCAGAA